CGUAGUAUUGAAAAUCGGAAUUUCUUUCGUGGUGAUUUUUCCGAUCGGUACCCCUAUACUUAUUAUACUCUCUGGAUCGGUUCUUCGGCAUGAUUCGCCAAAUAACUGUUCGAUCGUUUUGUUUAGUUGUGCAUUGAGUGUUUUCUUAAACAAAUAUAUGUAAAAAGCGUGUUUUUCACUAAUUUCUUUCGAUUAAUGCGUUGUAAAGUGAAUUGUGAUAGGUUAUGUUAUGCCCUUUGACUUUUCAGGGUGAAAAGUAAUCACCACAACAAUGGACCCAAACAUUUACGCACUGGUCCUUGACACCUUAAACCGUGCCACCAGCCAGGACACGGAGGUUUUGAAACCGGCUGAAAAGAAAUUACAAGAAUGGGAGGUGGAACCUGGCUUCUAUUCUGUACUCCUAAAUGUCCUGUCAAACCACUCUAUAGACGGAAACGUCCGGUGGUUGGCAGUGAUGUGUUUCAAGAAUGGUGUCGACCGAUAUUGGAGGAAGACUGCUCCUAAUGCCAUCACAGAGGAAGAGAAGCUAAAGUUGAGGCAAGGUCUCCUCACGACAAAUAUCCUGAGUGAACCUGUGGCUCAGAUUGCAACACAGCUUGCUGUUUUAAUAUCUAAGAUUGCUAGGUUUGACUGUCCAACAAACUGGCCGGACUUGGUGCCCGAGUUAAUGGGUGCUUUGAAGGCCCCGCAGCCUUUAAUGCAACACCGGGCUCUAUUGAUCUUCCAUCAUGUGGUCAAAGCAUUGGCUUCUAAAAGGCUAGUCGACGAACGACGUACAUUCCAGGAAUUAACAAACACAGUAUACGCGUUCAUUCUAAACCUUUGGCAUGAGAACACGGAGCUAUUCCUGCGCCACAUACAAGAGGGCGCGGCCACAGAGCUGAUAACGGAACACUUAGAGAAGGCACUCCUCUGCCUCAGGAUAUUGAGGAAACUGACAGUAUUUGGAUUUAAGAAGACACAUGAAAGUCAGGAUGCAAUGGCAUUCUUGAAUGUCGUUUUUGACCGCGCUAAGACCAGUUUGGAAUGCAGAAAACUAUUAAAAGGCAGAGGUAUAUAUCCUUUGGAGUUGUGCGAGAAAUUCAUAAUACACCUUACUAAGGUGGCUUUAGGGGUGUUAUCAGCACAGCCAUUCUCCUACGUGCCACUGAUCAGGCCAUCUUUGGAGUUCGCACUGUACUACUGUUUUACUGAACAAGGAAUGGCUCUCAUAUACGAAAGGUUCACUAUUCAGUGCCUGAAUAUUGUAAAGGGGAUCCUUCAGUGCAUGGAGUAUAAGCCGCCUAAAGGCAAGGAAGCAUUGCCAACUCUCCAAGCUCACCAGGUAAAGAUGGAAGUGCUAGACCCGAACACGCUCUGCCACAUGUGCAGGCACCUGGUCUCCCAUUACUUCCUGCUCAGUCCUGAUGACCUGGCACUCUGGGACGCCGAGCCAGAGAGCUUCGCCACUGAUGAGGCGGGCGAAUCCUGGAAAUAUAGCUUGAGGCCUUGCACAGAAGCAUUGUUCUCAGAGCUGUUUCAAUUCAGGAGCGUAUUAGCUCCGGAGUUAGUACGAAUGUUAGCGAACUUACAGACUCAGCAGAUCUCUCCCGACGACCUGCCUGGCAUUUUGAAGAAGGAUGCUGUUUACAACGCCGUCGGAUUGGCUGCCUUCGAUUUGUAUGACGAUGUCGACUUCGACGAAUGGUUCACGAAUGUAUUAAGUCAAGAACUAAAAAUAAAGGACAACAAUUAUAGAAUAAUACGAAGGAGGGUUUGUCAACUAAUUGGUCAAUGGUGUGGUGUUCGUGCAUCGCAGUCAUUGAGGCCAGCGAUGUAUGCUGCGCUAUUAGAACCCCUCAGUAGUCCGGACGAGGAUGCCGCGGUAAAGCUUGCAGCAGCUGAGGCACUGAGGAGUACGAUCGACGACUUCAACUUCGACGUGGAACAAUUUGCACCGUUCGCUCCGCAUGCGAUCGCUGCGCUCUAUGAGCUCCUGGUGGAGUCAGAAGAGAUGGACACGAAGAUGCACGUGUUGCACGUGGUGUCGUUCGUGACGGAGCGCAUGGGCGGGCGCGUGGCGCGCGGCGGCGCGGCGCAGCUGUUCGCCUACCUGCCGCAGCUGUGGGCGCACGCCACGGCCGCCGCGCACAACAUGCUGCGCGCCGCCGCGCUCGCCGCGCUCGUACAUCUGCUCAAGGCUCUAGGGGAGUGUCCCCCAAACAUUCGGCCCUGGAUCCUGAGCGUGGUGAACGAGUCCACCAAGCUGACAGAGCCGGCGCACGUGUACCUGCUGGAGGACGCGCUGGAACUGUGGCUCGCUGUACUGGAGACCUCGCAGGCGCCCGACCCUGUCACACUGCAGUUAGCUGAGAAUUUGUACCCGAUAUUAGAACAAUCAUCGGAACACCUAAGGAUAGUAGUGUACAUAAUGCAAGCUUACACCCUCCUGUGUCCUGAGGAGUUCCUCUCAGGUUCGGGAGGGAAGUGCAUGGAACUCCUGGAGGACAUGCUGAGUGACAUGAGGACCGAGGGAGUCAUCACUGUGCUGAAGAUGGCUGAGAUCUGCAUCAGUGUCAGUUUUCCAGAGAGAAACGCGUUCUUGGGAGUCAAGGUCAUCUGGCCUAUACUUAUUAGAGUUAUACACUGGUUACUCGAAGGCGAUGACCUUCCAAUAGUUCUAUCAGUUCAACUAUGUCUCGUGUCCCGUGUGAUCCUGCUAUCAACGGAUCUGUUCUACAAGGCGAUACAAGAGGCCGCCACCGUCGUCCCUGAUUACGACUCGGACCCUGCCAAGUUGUUGAACAAGUUCCUACACGUCUGGACGGAGAAGAUGAACCUGGUUACGCAAGUCGAGAGGUGGAAAGUUGUCGGCCUAGGUCUAGCAGCGUUGCUGACGACACAGAACGCGACAGUGUUACAGAGGUUCCCCGCGAUACUGUUGAACCUCGCCGAAGUACUCAACGACGUCAUGAAGGCUGAGGACAACGGCGGCUAUAUAGAUACGUACGUAUGUUAUACCAGUGGUCUACUGGCGCCCCCGGGCUCUCGGCCGGCGUCCCCCCUGGAGGGGCGAGGGGGCGCGGCGCGGUGGGGGGAGGCGGGCGGGCUGGUGGGCGGGGGCGCGGCCGUGGAGUACCCGCACGAGCUGCGCCGCCGCGCGUUACUGGCCUCGCACCCCGCGCACACCAUCGAUCUACGCGCCGUCACACAUCUACAGCUGGAGACACUGAAGAGUCAGGUAGGCGCUGAGACAUUCGACCGUCUGAUCCAAUCCACGGACAGGGAAACACUACAGCAAAUAAGGGAAUACAUACCACUCUGAAUGUCCAUGUAAAAAUGAAAUUGUAACCUAUACAAGCUCAUCAAGUUAUCCUCUAAUCAAUUUGCAACCUUGACGACGUUGUUAUAAGGUUGAAAAUCAUUAAUUAAAGUAGUAUAGCUUGAAAUGCUGUUUGUACUUUAUACUUGCCGUUUGCUUUUGCAAGGUUUUGAUGGAAAUGCGUCGACUGCUGAACAUAGACUUCCUUCAAUGAAUUUUAGUUCGAUUGGUUUAAAACGAGCUCUAUCUAUAUAUCAUACAGUUCCCUGCGAAGUUCUCUUUCUGCAGUCAAGAACUCUGCAGAAAAGAAUAAUUAAAUCAAGCUUGAUCGGUCAAAUUGAACCAAUAAUUUGUUUUUCUAAGGAUGUUUUGAAGGGAAUAUGUGGUGGAAAUUCCACAGGCACGUACACUAGUAUAAUAAUAACUAUUAUACUACAUUAAUUGAACCUUUUUAGACGAAUUGGUCAUAAUCAAGCCAAGCAUUAGGAAGUUUACGUAUUAAGCUAAUAGCAAACGGGAUAGCGAUGUUAGAAUGAGAAACAAAAAGUAACUUAAAUAGUAUGGACAGAAGGUGGAAAUGACCAAAUUUGUAACCAAAAUAUUGACGUCCAGCCGAAUUUAGAAAUGGUUGGGAAAAGAUUAUAAAAAUAGAAUCUCUAUUUACCCCACUGGUUUUAUUUUUUAAAGAUAAAUGUAGGAUCAAAAGAUUUUCUCCUAUGCGAUGAACGCUUUUACAAAGAUACAAAUUCACACACUCAGAUUACAUUGUACCGUGAGUGAAUUGAAACCACGACACGAUGUGCAGUAGCCGGUUGCCUCAUACCAUGAAGCAAGUACAAAGAGGAGAUGUCAUAACUGGAUUUUCCUUUAAAAUAAUGCGUGACAUUUUACUAGGAGCGCAUGACAUUACAAAUCACGCCUCUCUAUUUUCCAUCUAGCGGUCCCAUACUAUAAAACGUUGCCAAUUGUCCACAUUUUAAUGUGCCAAUUUAUCAGAGCUUGGAACCUAUCCACGCAUUUUUAUAUCAAUGGGUUGGGCUAUUUUUUUGUGGCACAGUGCACAAUCACAUUAUGGCAUCUCCUCUUUGUACUUGCUUCAUGCACCGUACAGUCUAAAUACACUUAUGUAUCUACUUGAUGAUAGAACCUUAGCUACAUAAAACAACUCAUUCUAACACCAUAUAUCCAAAAAGGUAUGUUUUUAAUCCCAUCGUCAUACUACAUGGACUUUCAGAGCCAUUGUUUAUAUUUUGUACAUUUUUAAUCCUUAUUUCAAAGUAAUUAAAGUUGAAAUUCGCUUUUAAAUGUAGAGGUACAUAUGUUCUUUUUAAUUUGGCUUAGCAUGAACUGUCUUCUAGUAUCAUGCAGCUAGUUCUAAUAGAUCGCUUCUGUGUAUCUUGCUUGUUUUUAGGACUGUUGAGAAAAAUAAACCUUAUUUCUAUGAUAAUACGAGCGGUUUAGCCAAAACUGGGAUAUGUUUGCUGUAAUAGUUUAUUUUCAGCUUCAAAUACAAGUUAUUUUAAUGAUAUUUUGAUAAUAAAUAUGUGUAUAUGUGAUAUAACUACAAUUUCCUAUACUGUUAGCUGUUAAUAAAUGGUCAGGCGGUCUUUGUUGGCCUUGAAAUGUAAAACUAUGGACUUUUCGAACAAUGGAUGCCAAAACGUCAAGCUAUUAUAAAGAAUUGAGUUUUUACAUUCGAUUUUAAGCUUUAUUACGAAAAAUAUGAAGUUGGAAUUCAAAAAACAAUUGUUUGUUUGUUUGUUCAAUACGCUAGGGUCUGUGUAUCAUUUAUUUUUAUCUCUUAUAUUGUAAUAAAAUGGCACUAACAAAGUUCAUUGUACUGUUAAAAUAUAACCUAAAAACUGUAAAAAAUAAUUAAAAAUAUGCACCUUGUACUAAACGUAAGGCUUGAUAUCUAGUAUUAAAAAUGUUUUAUAUACAUUUCUUUGAAAACGUAGGACAAUCGGACGCUGAAUGUACUAAGUUAUAUUAUGUACCCUUAUAGUGUUGUUAAUGAAAUUGUAAAGUAUCGAUAAUUCGAUAUACGGUAAUAAUAAUAAUUACAAAAAUCCUUGUAAUCUAUUUCUUUUAAUAAAUAAUUACAUUGUUGAUGACGUAAAUGACUAUUCGCUAAUGUUUUGAUCAUCGUUUUAUUAUCAUGAAAUUCAUCAAAAUUUUUAAUGCAUGUAUAGUUCCUGAAUGUAUGAAAAAGCUUUUAUAUUUAUAAUGGCUACUUAUGUAUUGUAUUGUACAUUGCAGCCUAGUAGUGUGGAAAUUAGAAGCGUAAUGAUUUAUUUCAAUUUCUAAUCAAUUUGCAAAAGUAUCGAUAAAAAGCACUACACUAUUGCUCGCAUUUAAAUUUUUUAGUAAAAUUGUGUAAAAAUAAAAAAACGUCUUUUGAAUAAUAAUGGCCUUUAAAACUACUUAUUGUUAAUGAAUUGAUGAUAAAGUUAAAGUAAAAAAAAAUAUGAAAAAAUGUAACGAAAAAUUAGUCGAUAGAAAUGUUUAAUCUUAAAAUUAAUACUUUAAUAUUAUUUUGCUAAGCUUAAGGAAGUGUGUGUAUACGAAAAAUGUUGUUAUAUUAAGAUGGCGAUCUGUGGUUAAUACCAUAAAGCAAAUAUAAAGAGGAGAUGUCAUAACGGGAUUUCCCUUUAACAUAAUGCGUGACACAUUACGGGGAGCGCGAGACGUUACAAACCACGCCCCUUUCUAUUUUCCAUCUAGCGGUCCCAUACUACAAACCUGUAGCCAAUUGUCCACAAUUUAAGAGAGCCUUUAAUCUAUCUGACACCUUUUUACUUAUUCUUUUUCUUACUUAUUCAUUCAUUGGACAGAGCCGUUUUUUUUGUGUCAGUGCACAAUCACAUUAUAGCAUCUCCUCUUUGUACUUGCUUCAUGGUUAAUUCUCUUACAAAGUUAAUCAAUUCUAUUUUUUUAUUUGACUAUUCAGUUUUUUGAGUCCCCUGACUAGACUUUUGAUAUCAAAUAUUGUAGCCAAUUAGCUUAUUGACGCCUCAAUACUGAAGUGCUACUCAAUUUUAAGUCGUACUUAAAUAUCGUGCUAUCUCUGUAAUUUUAUGAACAAUUUGUUGAGACAGAAGAAUUCUUGAGAGUGUCUUGAAAUUGAGUAGUGUUUGAGUAUUUGACCAUUAGCUAGCCUUUCAAAUGAACACAUCAAAAUAGUAUUUCAAGUGCCUGUUAAUAGUAUAUCUAGUUGAAAUAAGAUUGUUGAAUGUUUAACGUAAUCCAAGUUACAAGUUGCUAGCCGUUUUAUAAAUAGCCUAGUCUAUUCUUUAUUAUUUUGUGGCUAAUUAAGCUAAUUGUAUACAAAAAAUGCAGAGAACCAUUGAAUAAUAACCACAAAACUUAGCCAUAUAUUACGGAUCUUGUGGACAUGGUCACAUUAUUGUAAAAUGCUCAAAAUCAAAGUCAAUUUUGGUGUUUUUUGACUUUUUAUACAAAUGUGACGAUGUCCUAACGUCUGUAUAUUAUGUAUGUACUAUGUACGGACACGUUUCGAUUCCAUGUGUGUGAUUGUAUGAUAUAAAUAAUAAAUAUUAUAUACUGAUGCAUAUUUUUUUAACGCUCGAGUAGAACUAGCUUGUACAGGAUGUUUGAAAGACCUUGAUAUAGGUUGUUUCAUUUGCUUUUAUUCCGUUACUUUGAUUCCUUUGCUUCCUCCAAAAUAUUGGUUGCUACAGACAUUUGGUUUUUCCUAAUAAUUACUAGAUUGAAAAUGUCUUUUAUUUACAAAAAUGUAUUUAUUCUGCAUAAAAUACCUUAAUUAAAUCAAUUUGGCUAAACUCGUAAGAAACUAACUUCAUGUAAAUUCUUGCUCGCUAGUAUAAUAUAAACUAAUUUAUAUAGAAAAUAAAGCAUUUUCUAUUUUACUGUAACUGUUAUAGAGUUUAUAAUCAGACAAAUGAAAUUAGCAUCGAAUUCUAGUAGUAAAUGAACACGUUAAUAUUUUCUUUAAACUCUUAACUUCUAUUGGCGUAUGUGUUCCUGGUACACAAAUAUAUUUAAUAGUGGUAAGUUAGUGAAUAAGUUGUAUGAAAGUAAGCCUCAAUAGUUGAUACAUUUAUUAUUUUAUUGAUGAUUUAUGAUAUGAAUGCCCAAAUAACUAAAAUUCCUUUUAUUCUAUCUACUAUCAUGUUGUCUCCAGCACUUAAAUUAAUUUUGUGGCGCAAAGGUAAGCAUCCACAGACCCGCAUCGUACGCAUCGUACGCAUUCCGUAUGACGUCAUCGGUACGCAUCGCAUGUAGGCAUUGCCGAUGAUGCGGUCCGUACGAUGCGGAUCAGUGGACGCAGUUGUAUGAGUUUCUAUACAAGGCAAACUAAAAUCCGUUGCGUGCGAUGCGUACGAUGCAAGCCUGUGGACGCUUACCUUAAGCAACGAUAAGAUAAAAUCACCACAGCGUUUCUUGAAAUAUAGUAACCAUGUGCUAAAAUUACAUAACUUUCUAUUUUAGGAAAACAGGCCAAUUUACCUGUUUUCAAUACUUAAAUCUAUUAAAAUUUUCUCUUAGGAUAGACCUUCUAAGAUUACUACAAACCUAGUACUCUAGUUCCGUUCUAGAGCUCGUACGACGCAAUGACUGCCUCUAUUGUUAGACCUAACACAAAUUAUAGACGAAUAAAUUGUUUUACAAUGCGA